AUGGUUCACUUUCUUUCGCCUUUGGCCAUUAGCGUCGCCAUACUGGCGUCUCUGGGACUCGGUCAUCCCGGACACGAUGUUAAGCAGGAAGCUGCUGAACGGGCUGAAUUCCUCAAGCGUGCACCUGCGCAGUCUCGCAGCCUUGCCCAAUGUGCCUCUACUCUCAAGGCCCGGGGGGAACCUGCGUCGCGAGAGAGGACUGACCAAUUCCUUUUUCAAUUUAUUGUACGGCCAACUGACAGGUUAGACACCCAAUACCUCAAGGCUCGUGAUGUGGACUCCGUCCUCGAUACCGAUCACCAUUCCAACUUGACCGGUGUCAACCCGUCAACCGAUCCAAGUGUCCUCUUUGCAUCCGGCGGCACCUGCAUCGUCCAGCCCGAAGUGACUCAGGGCCCAUACUAUAUUGCCGGAGAGCUCAUUCGUCGCAACGUGGUCGAGGGCCAGACCGGUGUGCCUUUGUUCAUGGAUAUCCAGCUCAUUGACACCAACACCUGCGAGCCACUGCCUAACAUCUACACGGACAUCUGGCAUUGCAACGCAACUGGUGUCUACUCCGGUGUAGUCGCGAGCGGCAACGGCAACACGAACGACGAGAGCAACCUGAACACCACCUUCCUGCGUGGCGUCCAGCCCAGCGGAGACGACGGAGUCGUACGCUUCGAGUCGAUCUUCCCGGGACAUUACACUGGCCGUACGGUUCACAUUCACGUCGUGACCCACCCCGCCAACGAAACCAAGAUCCUCCCCAACGGCACCAUCGCCGGCGUGUACGACGGCCACUCCUCGCACGUGGGCCAAAUCUUCUUCGACCAGGACCUGAUCACUGAGGUCGAGAAGACCAGCCCCUACUCGAGCAACACCCAGAGCCUGACCGAGAACUCCGAUGACAGCAUUCUGGAAACCGAGGCAGACACGACUGAUCCUCUCAUGGAGUAUGUCCUACUCGGUGACAGUGUUUCCGAUGGUAUCUUCGCUUGGAUCUCGAUCGGUGUGAAUAGCUUGCGUGAUGACUCCCUGUCUCCUGAGGGGUACUGGACUGAGGACGGUGGAGAGGUCAACGAUGACUUUGAGAUGAACAUGGCUGGUAUGGGAGAUAUUGCUGGGGCGGUACCGAGCUCCAGUGCUUCUGCUUCUGCUACAGCCUCUGCUUAG